GUGAGGGAAGCAUCAGUCAGACACUCACACACUCUGAGUCCUCAGGUUUUUAUCACUCUCCUCUUCGUCUUCUCUUGUUAUGACCCAUUUCAGGAGCGACUGCCACCGAGACAGAUACACCGGGAUGAACGGCGAGCUGAGAGCCGGUCGCACCACGACAGCCAAGAGAGGAAGCAACGCCCCCGACAGGUCUGACUAUGACAUGGAGUUUGACAGAUACCCUGAUGACCACUAUAACAGGGGGUUUGACUACCAGCGUGUCCCCUCCUCGGCCCCGGUGGAUCCCAGUCCUGUCAAACGGCCCCGCCCUUCAUCCUCCUCCUCCUCCUCUUCGUCCUCCACAGCAGCGCUGAGGAUGAAGAGCAGCAGAGCUUCUAGCAGGAACAACAACACGCACAACUCUUCUAACAGCAGUAGCACUAAAUUGAAGAUGGCGGAGCUACUUGCCAUCAAGAGGGAGCUGACAGUGAUCAAGGUUCAGAUCGAUGGCCUGUUGGACAGCGUAGACAUGAUGGACAGACAGAGGAAGGACUGCUCAGAGUGUCCUCAGAGCAGGGAGCCCAGUGUGUCUCCUCACAGAGGCUCAGUCAGCAGUCUGGAGAGAGAAAGUCCUGAACCAGGAGAGGCCAGCGAGGACGAGCCGCUGCACUACCAGCACUACUACCCCCACAGCUACCCCCACAGGAUCCUUCAGAAACAGAAGCUUCGAUCAGUAACAGCUGGGAUGGAAGAUGCUUCAAGAAGGCAACAUGAACCACAACUCCUGAAUCUCUUCUCCUAUCUGACCCUGUCAGUUUGAUUUUUACUCUGUUGCACGAUCUCCAGUUCUGGUUUCUGUUCUGGAGUAUUAGGGCCACAUUAAGGACAAAAAGAUUUUUUACACAUUUUGCAUAUAAAGUCAACAUGAUGAGAAUAAAGUUGAAGUACCAGUUCUAGAAUAAAGUCGUAAUGUCCAGAUUAAAGUUGAAAUGGUACCUCAGCUUUAUUCUCAUCAUUUUGACUUAAUUCUUGACAUUUUCUUCUGGAAAUGCAAAAUAAAAAUAAAAUAUUUACCCUCAGUUUUAUUUCCUAAUGUGACCCUAAUACUCCAUCGUAGUUUUCCAGUCCACAAUGACGUGUUCCCUCCUGGUACAUCACUGACUCUGCUGCUCCAUUUACAGUCAUUUCAGAACUCUAUAAAAAAAAAGAACUUACUUACUUAACUUUCUGCAGACAAACAAUCCAUCACAGUGAGAAAUUGUUUUAAUUUUUUUGGUCUCUCUUCAUGUGAUGUCAUCAAGAACAGUUCAAUAUCUUAACAGUAAUAGUGCACCUAUCAAAAAAGCAUUAUUCAUGAGCUAUGUCUGGCAGAGUUAUUAUAUUAUAUUAUAUUAUAUUAUUAUAUACCCAGACUGAAAAAAAUACAUUUACUUUUUAAAAGAAGUUAAUAUUGGUCUUAUUCAUCCCUCUGUCUUGCUUCCUAUGUUGAAUUCCUCUGUGAUUAAUGUUAAUAAAAUCAGUGUGGCAGCUGGCA